CCACAGCAACAGCUAUAACCACAGCUAAAUAGCUAAUCCAAAAUCAAGGAGUUAUAUCCAUACAUUUCAUUAUGAACUUCAAUAAGAUCUUUGUGUUCGUGGCCCUCAUCCUGGCGAUUGGUUUUGGACAAUCUGAAGCCGGUUGGCUGAAGAAAUUGGGCAAGAAAAUUGAACGCAUUGGCCAGCACACUCGAGAUGCCACAAUCCAAGGUCUGGGGAUUGCGCAACAAGCCGCCAAUGUGGCAGCCACCGCCAGAGGAUGAGCUUUGAAAGUCCCUCAAAGGAUUCUCCGAGGACAACCUGCUUAAUUAUAAACACUUAUUUAUUUACAAUCACAUAUAGAAAUAAACUAGCUUACAUCCCCGAAA